UUUAGAUAAAAGAAUGUUGUAGAUCUAUUUCUUUCUGUCUGCGUAUUUUUGUUAGCUUAAAAGGCUCUUCAGAUUUCGGCAGUACAAUGUGCGUUUGUUGUACAACGCGGAUCGACGUGCAAUUUGAAGAGUCAAGGAGACAGGAAGAGAUAUCGAAGUUUCAGAAAACGCAAGGAAUACUAUAGCGGCGAGAAAUUAAAAGAUGAUCAGCUUAUUGAAUCUUUAAAAGGUUUAUUUUUUUCCAGCCCGACAAGAAAAUUAAAAACAAUUAUAGACAUAGUACUGGUUUAUCGUCAAAAAAAAAAAAAAAAAGUAUUGUUCGACAGGUGGAUCAGACUUCGUUUCACGAGCUGAAAUAGGGCAGCGGUGUAUGCUGUAUUCUUAUGACUAAAGUAAAGUUACUUAAGGCUAAAUAUAUCUAAUAAAGGCUUAACUUUAAUAAUUCUUUUAAGCAUUAUAAACUCAACGAGGCGUAACCGUCGCCGGCCAUUACAGACAAGGUGGAACUCGAGACGUGAAUGCGGAAGAAAAAAAGGCGUAGUUAUGGAAACCGUAUGGCGUCGCGUCGUCUGCUUCGCCCAAUAGGGGGUAUUUAAACCAUGUUGCUUCUGGUCUUGCUUGCCGUAAGCCUCAGUCCUUCACACAGCUUAGACAAUGGUCUGGCACUUACACCACCAAUGGGCUGGCUGGCUUGGGAACGUUUCCGCUGCGUCACUGACUGUAAAACUUUUCCAGACUCAUGCAUAAGUGAGAAACUGUUUAAGGACAUGGCAGAUAGAUUGGUUGCUGAUGGCUACAGAGAUGUUGGGUAUAAAUAUGUCAACAUUGAUGACUGCUGGUUAGCCAAACAGAGAGAUAAUGUGACUGGAAAAUUAAUGCCAGAUCCUGACAGAUUUCCCAGUGGCAUGAAAAAUUUAUCUGAUUAUAUGCACAAAAGGGGAUUGAUGCUUGGUAUCUAUGAAGACUUUGGACACUCUACUUGUGCUGGUUACCCUGGCAGUGAAUUUUACAUGGAGCUUGAUGCUCAAACAUUUGCUGAAUGGGAGGUUGAUAUGGUUAAAUUUGAUGGCUGCAAUUCCGACACCAGUGACAUGGCUUAUGGCUUUCCAGCAAUGGGAUUCUUUAUGAAUAAGACGGGCCGAAAUAUGCUGUACUCUUGUGAAUGGCCACUAUAUGUGGAAGUAGCUUCUCAUCAAAAGGUGGAUUAUGGAGCUAUCCGAAAGACUUGUAACAUGUGGCGUAACUAUGAGGAUGUGACAGACUCGUGGGCAAGUGUGAUAAGCAUCAUUGACUACUAUGGAGACAAUCAUGAUGGCUUUAGCUACUACUCUGGCCCUGGAGGCUGGGCUGAUCCUGACAUGCUGGUGGUGGGAGAUUUUGGUCUGAGUUACUACCAGCAGAAAGCCCAAAUGGCUAUGUGGGCCAUGCUUGCAUCCCCUCUUUUCAUGUCGGUUGACCUAAGAACCAUUGAUCCCAUGGCAAAAGCCCUGCUGCAGAACAUAAAUGUCAUUGCCAUCAACCAGGACCCCCUGGGCAUUCAGGCUGUGCGACUGUUUGAAGUUCCAGGUUCUAUCUCAGUGUGGCUAAAGGCUCUUCAGAAAGGAAACCUUGCUUUAGCUUUUCUGAAUAAGGAUGACCAAGGAACACCGACUGUGUUCACCACAUCUUUCAAAGAUCUUGGACUAACCAACCAGAAUGGUUACAAUGUUACUGAAGUGUUUGACAACAAAUUCAUGGGGUCAUUUAGUCUCUCUCAAAAUAUAUCUUUAAGUGUAGAUCCUACAAGUGUGGUUCUUGUAAGAUUGGCACCACUUUAAUAAAUGUAGUAGCUGCUUCUAAGUUUUGCCACCUGAUUUGUUCACAUUUGAACAAAAUGAGGAAUGUGCUCAUAUCCAUAAAGCAGCAUUUGGAGGAUCUUUAAAUUACUUGGUUUUGCUCAUUCCAUUCUUGCUCAAGUGAACAGUUGGUGUAUAUUUGUUUGUGAAUGUAUAUAUGAUUUUUUCAAAUGGUACAUUUUUAAUUUUCUAUAAUUAGUGAAAAAUUAUAUUUGUUUAAGAAUUCUAGUUAAAUAAAUCAUUAUGUUAAGAAGUUGUUGUUUUGGAGCUAUAAAUAAGUGUUAUAAGUGAAAUACAAAGCAAUGAUAAUAAAGUAUGAUACAUGUAAUUGUUAAGUAGAAAGUGUACACAAUCAGUGAAAAUUAUAUUGGUUUAAGAUUUCUGA